AUGUCUCUCUUCGGUGGAACCCAACCUCAGGCCAAUCCGUCCAUGUUCGGCAACACUGCACCGAAGCCGUCUCUCUUUGGCGCCCCGGCAACCGCAGCUCAGCCUAGUACCAACACCAGCACACUGUUCGGCGGGCAGACUCAACAGCCAGCAACGACAUCAACGGGAGCAACCGGUGCAUUUGGCGGAAGUGCGUUCGGCGCAAGUGCCACACCCCAGCAGCCAUCAGGAUCUUUGUUCGGAAAUCCACAGAAGCCCCAGAAUACCUUCGGUUCAGGUGCUUUGGGGCAGCCGCAGCAGCAACAGCAAGGAAGCGCAUUCGGCUCCUCGCUACAGAAGCCGCAAGCUAGCCUCUUCUCUGGAGGCCAGCAGCAAACACAACAGCCAGGAGGGGGAUUAGGAGGAGGUCUGGGCUCCAACACUCAGCAACCAACAAAUGCAUUCGGCCAGAACACGAUGACCACGCCACAGCCCCAACAGCAACAACCUUCUCUGUCGUCAAGCCUUUGGUCCCCUGGCCGUGCUAUUACUGGGGUGCACCGAACUGUUCCUAUGCAAGUAGCCAUCAUCAAGGAUAAGUGGGAUCCGCCCAGCCAAAGCUCGCCAUUCCGAGCCUAUCUGUACAACAAUGUCGGCGAGGAGGCCGCUCCUUUCUACCAACCUGGUCCUGAAGAUGACGAGUCAAAAUGGGAGGAGGCUUUGCGCAAGCGACCGGGUCCAGGAUAUGUCCCUGUGCUUGUAAAGGGCUUCUGGGACCUCGGUAAGCGUGCGCAGCGACAAAGGGACUUCCUCACUAUGAUGCAGUCGCGCCUGCACGAGAUCAACAACUGCUUGACCGGGCUUCUCUCAAAGCAUGACCUCAACCUUUCCGUCAAGAUCGCUGACUGCCGGCGGAAACACAUUAUUCUGAGCAAACGAUGCCUCUCUCUCGCUGCCAAGACACAGAUCCUUCGCAACAGAGGAUACGCCAUGGAUGAAGCGGAGGAGCAGUUGAAGAAAAAGCUUGUCGAGUUGGAACGUGCCGUUUUCGACCCGUCUCUUAAUGGCCGCGCUGAAGAAAUCUGGGCACGUAUGUUGGCCAUCCACGAACACUCCAAGCGACUGCAGGUGGAGAUGGAUCGCGCCGGGGUAAACGUGGCACAAGCGGAGGAUGACAUUGAUGAGCAGACGUUGAAGACAGCAAAGAAGAUUCUGGAUGAUUACCACUCUCAGAUUCAGCAUCUUCAGAAGGAGAUGGAGUCAAUCAAGAAAGACUUCAACGAGGUGGAGAAAGCGAUUGGGAAUUGA